UCGAGUUGCGUCCCUUGUUGAAAACGAAAGAAGAAAUAUGGCCGGUGUCGCCGAUGCCACGAAACUAAAGAUUCUCUGUCUCCAUGGAUACAGACAAAAUGCACAGACAUUUCGGGAGAGAACAGGCGCAUUCCGGAAAAUCAUUAAAAGUCGAGCAGAGUUAGUGUUUGUGACAGCCCCCAAUCGUGUCCCUCCAUUGCCAGGAGAGGAGGGAGAUAAGUCUGCUGACACGGCCACUGACACACCUGAAAAACAAGCUGACCAGAUGGGAUGGUGGUUUUCACGCAAGGAUGAUUAUUACAUGGCUCAGGACUAUACAGACUGUUGUAAAGGUUACAAGGAGUCACUGGAUGUGGUGGCACAGGCUAUAAAAGAACAGGGUCCAUUUGAUGGUGUGCUGGCCUUUAGUCAGGGAGCAGCUUUUCUGUCCCUGAUCUGUGCUCUGAGGGAGCAAAACCCUUCAGAUUCACCAUUCCAGUUCGAUUUUGUGAUCCUGGUUGCAGGGUUCAAGAGUCGUCAGUCCCCACAUCAGGAUCUCUACUCGACGAAAGUGUCUCUGCCUUCUUUACAUGUGUUUGGGGACACAGACAAGGUCAUACAGAAAGAGAUGAGUGAAGAACUUCUGCCCUGUUACACUGACAAAGUGAUAUUACAGCAUCCUGGAGGCCAUUUUAUCCCAGCCUCUGGACCACAGAAGAAGGCUUACACUCAGUUCCUAGAUCAGAUGCUGGAGAGAAAGAAAAGUCGUACAUGAUAAAUUGUGUAUUAAAUUAAUAUAAAAAAGAGAAUUGAUAUCUUUUAUUUUUCAUCAGAAAAAACGUUGUAUAUGGAUCUAUAAAUGCUCCAGGCAUCUUGUGUAAUGACCUAUCAUCAUUAUCCAGUGUUGUCCAGCAGAAAUAUACAAAUACAUUAUUUGUAAGUGUAUGUUUGUGAGGGGUGGGGGGUUAGUUCGAAAUUAAUUCCAAGGAAUUAAACAAUAUGACAAUCUCUCUAUGGAAUUAAAUGAUAUAAAUUAUGCAGGCUAUUUUUCACUAAUAUUCCUUUGGGUCUUGCCCCUUCAUCCCCUGGUGGUUGAAAUCCAUUAUUUAUACAAAUUGGUUACCCUUCACACGAGGAUGCUUCAGACCAAAUAUGGACCAAAUCCUUUCAUUUUCCUAUAGAGUAAGGAUUUAAAUUUUUAGUACUGUAUAUACAUGUACCAGCCCUUUUGGCUAGAUGAGUUAAUAAACGACUUAUACAGAU